UGUUGGUCCCGCCCCCGGGGCCAGAGACCGCUCUGGAGGCCGUGGGUGGUGACGUCACGGCGAUCGCUCCUCCCGGCUCAGCGGCGCGGGCGAGCGGACCGUGGAGGCCGGCGGUGCGAUUCUCGGGACCCGCUGCUCCCACCGCGCGAGACCAUGGGCGCUCAGCUGAGCGGCGGCGAGGGCGCCGCGGGGCCGGCGCAGCCCCAACCCCAGCCCGCGGCGCCCGAGGGUCCUGAGCGGCCUGGGCCCGAGCCCAGCCCCUGGGGGCCCCUGGACGACGUGCGCUUCCUCAUCGCCUGCACCUCCUGGUACUGACUCCGCCCUCCGAGUCACCGCUCACCGCCUGUUCUGUUCGCCUCGCCGGGUCAGGCCGCUGUCGUCUGUCCCCACGGCCCAGUGUCUCAGCCUGUUCCCUCCCGCCCCCGCGCCCCAGCCCCACCGGCGCCCCAGAGACUGGGAUUGAGGAGGGUUAGGGGCCUGGAAGGAAGUCCCGGCCGAGCUGCCUCCACAGCAGCGCCUUGGGACACCUUGAAUUUGUUCGCUCCCCAUCCUACACCCAAACCACCUCAGCCUUCGUGCUCACCCGCACCCCACAGCUCCAGCCAUCUGGGUCCUGGCUCAGCUUCCCUGUCACUGACUUCCAGAACCAGGCGAGGGUUCGUGGUGAGACCCUAAAGCCACUGACCUCACUUGUCCCUUAAUGCUGAGAACUCGGCUCCUGCUUUUGUUCUGGUCAUUGCACGGUGGGCCUUGACUGCAGAGAAGACCUUGCUGCGGUGACUCUUCCUGAGCCAGGGGAGGUUGCUCCUCCAGCCGGACCCCAGUGAGGCAUUGUCAGGCUGUAUUUCUGGGACCCGAUUCCACUGGGCCUCUUGGAGAGAGGGAUGUGUGAUUGCUGGGCUGGCAGAUGAGACGAAUGAGGCAGCUCCUGGACACCCCAAAGUACCCUGUUUCUCUCCUCCCAGAAGCUUCUUAGGCCACUCUCAGAACCUGUUUCUCUCUCCCACAUUCAAGGGAAAUGACAGACUGUAUUUUUGUUUUAUUUAGAAAUGAUUUAAAAAACAUUAUACAAAGGC